GAACCCGUCAUUUCGAAAAGGGCACAAGUCACACUUUUUUCGAAUUUCACUUUUGAAUGCAGUUUUUUUAAUUUAGUUGUGUUACAUAUUCCCUUUAAAGGAGACACAUUUUCAUAAACCACAAGUCAACUUUAAAUGCAAAUGAAAAUUCAAGUCUAUUUGAAAAUGGCACAAGUCCCGGACUUAUGCCUUUUUCAAGUGAAACGAAGCGCAACUGAAGUGACGUAAUCUAACUUUAUUUGUUACAAAAAUGGAAAAUCGCGAGCUUGCUGAAAAUGCAUAUACCUCUAGAAAAAGAGUAUCUGGUAUAAGGAACAGUGAAAAUUAUAAACACUCAAAAAUAAAAAAAGCCAAAGUGUCUGGAGAAGCUUAUAAAAACCACAAAGGAAAUGAUGUGGCACCAAGGCAGACGGGUGCUUCAUGCAAAUGUAAUUCAAAAUGUAUGGAGCUUGUAUCUGAAGAUGUUAUGAAAAGUACAGUUCAGUUUGUUAACAAAUUCGAUAGUAAAAAUGCCCAAGACACAUACUUGCAGUCAUUGAUUGAAAAAAAGGAAAUAGAGAGAAGACGGUUUAGAUCUGAAGAACCUAAGAAAAAAGAAUUUUCCUUUAUUUAUCACAUUAUGAUUGAAGGUGUGAGAAAAAAAGUAUGCAAGAAAGCUUUUUGCAGUAUGCUUGGAAUUUCUAUGAAACAAGUUAGACGUUUAUGCAUUUUCUUAAAAAAAAAUGAGCAGCCUAUAGAUCACAGAGGGAAAUCCCAGGGAUCACGAUGCAACUCAUUACCUGGUGGUACAUUAACAAAAGUACGUGAGCAUAUUGAAUCAUUUCCUGUUAAAUAUGUGCACUACUAUAACAAAGAUGCAUCAUCUUAUUAUUUGGAUGAAAAACUCAAUGUGAAAAUUAUGCACACAUUAUACAAACAAAAAUAUCCAGGUCAUCCUGUUAAAUAUAAAUUUUACCUUAAAUAUUUCCAAGAAAAUUUUAGUUUAUCGUUUGGUAGAAAGCAAAUUGAUGUCUGUGGACUGUGCGAAGAGUUACAAAUUAAGCUUAAAAACCCACACUUUAAUGACAAUGCGAAAACAAUUUAUCAAGCAGAUAUUGAGAUACACAAAACACAGGCAAACAAAUUUUACAAAAAAAUUCAGGAAGUUGAAACUAAGUGCAAAAAUGAUCCAAAUGUGUAUGGGAUAGCAUUUGAUUUUAUGCAAAAUUUGCCACUUCCACAUAUCCCUGUCCAGGAAAUAUUUUACCUACGUCAACUAUGGUUGUAUGAGUUUUGCAUAUACGAUUUAAAAACUGGUAAAUCAGUAUUUUAUUCAUAUUGUGAAGGAGUUGCUAACAAAGGUCCCAACGAAGUAUGUACCUUUGUGCUGGAUUAUAUUAAAAAUAAUAUUGGCAACGAAGCCAAAGAACUGCACCUAUUUUCUGAUGGUUGUGCAGGCCAAAAUAGAAAUCAUGCCAUGAUCCGAUUACUUUUAUCCCUGGUAGCUGAACUAGGUAGCAAUAUAAAUGCAAUACAAAUAUUACCUACCAAAAAGAGGUCACUCAUUCUUGCCAAACGAUAG